AUGGCGUUUGAUCAGAAUUCUGUUCCGUUGGAUCUUCGUCCUUUGAACGUAGCCGCGGCAUUGGCGGAGGAGCCGAUGAUUUCGCCGGCCACCGUCACGCCGCCGACUCCGAAUUCUGUCGGCGAGCUUUUUUACCAGCCGGCGGCAUCCGCCGCAGGCACAACGUGGUGCGUGCGGCCCAUUGCGCAUGCCAAUGUGAGCCCUGCCGCGCCGUAUGGGUUUAACUACGGCGCUUCCAGCUUUGGCAAUCGUGUUUUGAAUUUGGGGAAGGUUGUGGGAUGUAAUGGACUGGAAAAGGUCUGCAAUGAUGCGAGUGGUUUUGGUUAUGGUGUUGGUGGGGUUCGGGGCAACAGAGUGGCCGGGAAUGGCAGCGAUCACGGUGGCGGGGAUGAGGGUGGUGGCGGUGAUGAUUCGGCGUCCGGGAGGAAGGUGAAGUUUCUGUGCAGUUUUUCUGGGAAGAUUUUGCCUAGGCCUAGUGAUGGAAUGUUGAGAUAUGUUGGGGGGCAAACAAGGAUCAUUAGUGUUAGGAAGGAUGUGAGUUUCAAUGAUUUGGUGCAGAAGAUGACAGACACUUAUGGGCAGGCUGUGGUUAUCAAGUACCAGCUUCCUGAGGAGGAUCUUGAUGCCUUGGUGUCCGUGUCGUGUCACGAUGAUGUUGAGAAUAUGAUGGAGGAGUAUGACAAGUUGGUUGAGAGAUCUCCUGAUGGUUCUGCAAAACUAAGAGUUUUUCUGUUUUCUGGUUCGGAGAUGGAAGUUUCUACUGGGGUGCUGUCUGGGGACUUACAGGAUACCGGGCAGAAAUACUUUGAUGCUGUGAAUGGUAUUGGUAUGACAGAGGCUAUUGGGUUUGGUGUAGGGAUCAAUAGGAAGGGAAGUGUUACAAGUGCUGCUUCAACCCAGAAUUCGGAUUUGAGUGGGGCUGAGACUUUUGAUAGUUCAAUUACUGGUCAAGGGGAUGCCAAUGGGGUCCCCUUGUCAUCAUCUAAGGAGAAUGUCUCAACUGCUAAUAUGGUGAUUUCAGAGGCCAGUACACCGGUUUGCACGGGUGUUUGUGCAAUUUCCAUGCCCAUGCCUGUGGCUAAGGCUAGUCCAACCCCAUCCCACAGUCCUUAUUUUCAAAAUGACGUUGAGUUAGAGAGGUCUGUGCCUGUUACUUUGUCGACACAGCCUUUUGGAUUGCCGCAAGCUGGAACAGAAGUUCCAACCCCUUCACCUUAUUUGCAGCCUUUUGUUGAUCCUAGCCCGGAGGUUAUGAACCCUCCAGACUAUCUCCAGCUUUCUUCACAGAUGGGGUUCACAAACCCUCCGCUUGUAGGAAAGACUGCGCCUGUGUUCAGGCAACAGCAGUUUCACGAUAAUACUCCUGGCUCAGCAUUCCAUCAUCAGGUCAUCCCUGGGGUACAAAUGACUGUGUCUCCACAAUCUACUCUUGCUGGUGUGAGAUCGAAUGUUAUUCAACAACAACCGUUGAUGCAACCACAGCAACAUCUUUUGGAUCAAUACCAUGAUGAAAAUACAUCAGGGGUAAGGAUUAUUCAGCUUCCUCCUGAACGUAACUACAACGCUUACCAGGUUCCAGUGAGUCAAGUCCCACCUGUCAUAGUUGGAGGAAAUUAUGGCUGGGUUCAGGUUCCUUCACAAGAGCGCGUUGUUAUCUCUGAUGGAGUAUUACCUCAACAACAGGUAAUGAGCCCUGCUGAGAAAUUCCGAAGAGUUGAGGACUGUUCUAUGUGUCAGACAAAACUACCUCAUGCACAUUCAGAUCCAGUAGUUCAGGAUCAGCGUAGUAGUGCAGGUCCUGUCCCUGAUUCAAUUCCAAGUCACUAUAGUUUCCCAAUGGAGGACAACAUAAAAGCUCAAGCACCACAUAAGGUUAUGAUGGCACCGUUGAUGGAAGGCAUUGCUGAGCAAGGGACUGGGACCAGACCCAGGGUCGUUGGCAAACUGGAAACUCCUGAUGGAGUGCGUCAGACUGAGACCACUGGGCUUUCUCACAAUAUUGAGCCGCAUCCAGAAGAAUUUGAUCAUCCCGGGAGUUCAUUUUUCAAGGAAAAGGUUGCAUUGAAAUGUAGAAAACAAUUUUCAAAUGAUGAGCUCAUGGGAACAGCACCACUCUCUUAUCUAGAUGAUGUUGGCGACCAGCACAUGGCACCAGUUGAAAAUUGGGUUAAACAAGAUGUGCUUAAUAACAAACCUAUCAACAAUGAUAUGUCUACAGUUGAUGGAACAUCCAUACGAACUUCAGAGUGUAUGGUUCAACGAUCUCCAAAUGAAUAUACCAAUGAGCACACUGGGGUUGUUUCUAAAUCAGACGCCAUAGAUAAUUGGAUUAGACAAGACCAUCUAAAACCUAUUGAUGGAAGGAUGGACACCUUCAAGAUACACAAUUCUGAUGUUUAUGGAAGUAAUGAUUACUCCUUUCUGCCAGUUGAUAAACCCAGUGGGAAUGAUACUUUAGGUUACAACACUCGGCAAUCUGCAGAGGAAGAGGUGAUUCUGGAUAACAACUUUGGCAGGUCAAAGUUGAUAGUUGAUGCUAAUCAAAAUAAGAUGGCAGGUGUGAUGCCUUGUUCCUCUGUGGAAAUUUCAUACAGGAAAAAUUCCAGGUCAGGGGAAUACAAUGAGGCUACACAACCCCCUGUUUGGGGCAUUCCUAGCUCAAAUUCUCAAUCGAAUACUGGAAACCCCCACAUUGAUGAUGCAACACUAUCUUCAUCAUCCCCAUCUGUCAGGUUUGGAGAUGUGCAGGAUACUCCAAACUCACUUUUCAGCAAUCAGGAUCCCUGGAAUAUACAGCAUGGUACUUUCUUUCCACCUGCUAGACCAAGCAAAGCUGCAUUGAAGAAAGAAACUUAUUCUUGUGAGGAUCCCUUUGGUGAAAAUCCUGGAAACUUUGGGGAACAAAGUUUAGAAUCACAGUUGGAUGAUAGCCUCUAUCAGUCAUUCAAACAAAAUUUAACAUUCGAUCAUGGUCGGUCUGCAAAAGGUUCAGCAGAAGACCAACAACUCCAAGCUGUCGCGGAAAAUGUAGCAGCUUCUGUUUUGCACUCAAGAACUCCUUCAAAUUCUGACUUGCAUUCCAGAGACGUUUCCUGCUGUGAUAAUAUUGAGGAUGGAAGUGUUCAAAAUAAUCUAAUAGAUGUAAAUUGUGGACAUAAAACUCAGGAUGUUAGGAACAAGCAACUGGGAAAGACAAAUUUUGACAUUCCAGCAUCAGGUUUUGGAAAAUUACAGGUUAUAAAGAACCGUGAUCUUGAAGAACAGACAGAACUGGGUUCUGGCACAUUUGGGACUGUAUAUCAUGGAAAAUGGAGGGGCACUGAUGUUGCUAUCAAGCGAAUUACUGAUAGGUGUUUUGCUGGCAAGCCUUCAGAGCAAGAGCGCAUGAGAUAUGACUUCUGGAAUGAGGCAAUCAAGCUUGCUGACUUGCACCAUCCAAAUGUGGUAGCUUUUUACGGUGUUGUGAUUGAUGGUCCAGGGGGUUCUGUGGCAACAGUUACUGAAUAUAUGGUUAAUGGUUCCUUAAGAAAUGCCUUGCAGAAGAGUGAGAGGAACCUUGACAAGCGCAAGCGACUUUUGAUUGCAAUGGACGUGGCCUUUGGCAUGGAGUACCUACAUGGGAAAAACAUUGUACACUUUGACUUGAAAAGUGACAACUUGCUAGUUAAUCUCCGAGAUCCACACCGCCCAAUAUGCAAGGUUGGUGACUUGGGUCUGUCCAAAGUAAAAUGCCAGACACUGAUCUCUGGUGGGGUGAGAGGAACUCUGCCGUGGAUGGCUCCAGAACUGCUUAACGGAAGCAGUAGCCUUGUUUCAGAGAAGGUUGACGUAUUUUCAUAUGGCAUUGUGAUGUGGGAACUCUUGACUGGAGAUGAGCCAUACGCUGACUUGCACUAUGGUGCUAUUAUAGGUGGUAUCGUGAGCAACACUCUGCGCCCUCCUGUUCCAGAAUCGUGUGAUCCAGAAUGGACACUGUUGAUGGAGAGGUGCUGGUCAUCAGAGCCAUCAGAGAGACCAACCUUCACUGAGAUUGCCAAUGAAUUGCGUUCUAUAGCGGCCAAGAUCUCUCCCAAAGCACAAAACUCUCCCAAAGGACAAAACCAACAGCUGCAACCCUCUCCAUUGCUCACUCAACUCCACAAAUGA